GAUGAAAUUAACCCGGACAAAGGAGAUAAGCAAGUGGAGAACAAGGAUGAGGAGCGCAGCACAGUUUUCUUCCGACCCUUCGCCAACUACUCCGCCAAAAAUCAAUGGCUCUACACGCUACCCAAGAAAGAAGGAGCACUUUGCGUGGCUGUUGGUGCGCGCUGGACAGCUGUGGCCACCACACGACAGUGGGUGCGGCUCUUCACAUUUAGCGGGCUACAAGAGGGCGUCCUGGCCAUGCCGGGCCCUGUUGUCACCAUGGUGGGACAAGGGGAACUUCUUGCCGUGUUUUAUCACGGAGGAAUUCCUCUCAUUAACCAUAGCACAGGAUCGGCUUCGCAGUCUCUUCACUAUCAGCUCCUAGAUAUACGGCGUACUGUUGUAGUCUCGCAAGGCCCUGUCUGCCUCUCCCCAGACUCCUUGUUAAUUUGGGCGGGAUUCGACAAUUCGGACAUGCUUCAUAUAAUGGACUCCGAGGGUUUACUGUCAAGCCUCGUGCGCGGCUUUUCUUGGCAUUGGACGCCUAUUCUGGAAUCAAGUCGUCUGCGCAGGAACAAAAUGGACUCGUUUUGGCCCGUAGGUG